ACACACACACACACACACUGUCUCUCUCUCACACACACACACACACUCUCAGAGCGCGUCGCUGAGUCGAGGAUCUCCGGACGAACGCGUUUCUUCGAGCUUCUUCUUCGGCGGACUCCUCUGGAAAGUUUCUCGGUUCGUGGAUGAAAUGUUUGUUUCGGCGGCUUUGCUGAUUUUAAUUCAGAGCGUGGUCGUCGUCGUCGCCGUCACCGUCACCAGCCACACUCCUGUAGUGAAUGUGCAUGAGUUCUCAGAUGCUGAGCUCUCCUGUGAGUUCAGGACUGAAAACGACAAGACUCCUCGCAUCGAGUGGAAGAAGAUCGACAAGGAUGUGUCCUUCGUUUAUUAUGACGGCCGUUUUGUCGGACCGUUCCACGGCCGCGGGGAGAUCAGGGGUGCGACGGUGUUUUUGCACAAAGUGACUCAGAGCGACGCGGGCAAAUACCGCUGUGAGGUCAGCGCUCCGCAGGACUCCGUGUCUCUGGGAGAGACCAACGUCACGCUCACAGUGCUGGUGCCUCCGCACACACCCUCGUGUGACGUGCCCAGCUCGGCUCUGACGGGCUCUCUGGUGCAGCUGCGCUGUAGGGACCGUCACAGCAUCCCGGCCGCCGUCUACACCUGGUUCAAAGACAGCCGCGCUCUGCCCAUCCAGCAGCCCAACGCCACAUACACCAUCGACGAGAAGACCGGCGUGCUGACAUUCCAGAAGGUCAGCAGAGACGAUACGGGUCAGUAUCACUGUGAGGCCAGAAACGGUGUGGGGCCCGGAAAGAGCUGCUUGGGGACACGCAUGCAGAUCGAUGAUCUGAACGUGGCGGCGGUGGUCUGUGGAGUGCUUCUUCUGGCUCUGCUGCUGUUUCUGUGUGUGUUCGGAGUGUUUUACGCUCAUCGACACGGACUCUUCAGCCGACACAGAGGAAGGUCGUUCUGGAUCCCGCAGUGUCACGGCGCUGCUCACAUUAGCAGCCAGAACCUCCAUAGAACCGAGCACACUCAAAAUUCAGGCUACAGUCAUCCUCCCAAAGAACCUCAGGACUUCAAGCACACUCAGUCGUUCAUGCUGUGACGGACGGACGGAGAUUAUGAAUGUGACACUAGAAGAAGCGUAUGAACUGAGCGGCAGUGAUCCUCUGGACCUGGUCUGGUCUGGUUUUGCUGGCGGAGCAGCGACCGAAGCCUUAAACCGGUCUGAGCUGACCUUCCUCACGCUGUGCCUUCCUCCACCCAAUCAUGUCUGUAUCUACUGAGCGUGAAACGGACUCCAUUCUUGUGUAUGUUAUCAGUAUUUGUGCGUUUGUUUGUUUGGUUUUUUUUUUAAUAAAAAUACCUUUUUUCUGAUUUGAUCUGAACUGGAACAUUUAUUUGAUGCUGAUUCAGAAGAAAUGAAGACAUGCUGAAUUAAUGAUAAUAGAGAUUAAAGCUUUACAGCUAGGCUUCAUUUAUUAUGCUUUCACAAAGUUUGUUCUUAAUAUAUAUUUUGUUGUAUUUGUUCACAUUAACUACACUGAACUAAAACCUUCUCUUCUCUUUCAUCAGACUGAAUGUUGAAAUAUAAUCAACUAAAGAUGUAAAGUUUUUUUUUUUAUGUCACAAAUAAAAGCCUCAAUUAAAUGUUCAUCACUGAACUGGAUUUUACAAAUAACUUUUUUAAGCUUCAAUGUUUGGACAAAGUGUAUUUUAAUACUAGUUUGUUUACACUCUUUAGUUCAAUGUAUAUUUUUAUAAUUUGUCUUUUUUGUAAGUAGUUUUAAUUCUACUUUCAUUUGAUGAAUAAAAGAUGUAAAGCUUGUUAAACAUUGA